AUGACUCCCACCAACGACCCCGCAACCGAUGCGACGGCCAGCGCCGCCACGGCCAAACUCCCGUCACCCACGCCGCACACCUCUCGCCGGCCUCCCGGCAGUGCGACCGUCUAUCAGACCACCGGCCCGGAAGCCUACACAGGCCCCAUCAUGUCGGCCGACGGAUCGGGGAACCCCAGGCUCAACCCGCGGUCGUGCGUCACCUGCCGCCGUCGCAAAGUCCGCUGCGACAAGCAGAUGCCCUGCUCCAACUGCCGACGCGCCCUUAUCCCCUGCGUCUUCCCCGCCCCCGGCCGAGCACCCCGUCAACCCCGUCCCAAGGAUCCCAAUGCGCCGCCCAAGCCUUCCAGCCAGCGAGAAGCCGAGCUGGUCAAGCGUCUGCGCAAGCUAGAGGGCAUCGUCGAGGAGCUGAGCAGCCAGCUCGAGGUCGAGUCUGGCGGGAAGGGCCCUUCCUCCUCGAGUGGCUCGCCGAAUAACUCGCCCAGCAGCGGCACACAGCCUGUGGGCGGACUCUGGUCGGCUAGGCGCGCCGCCACGACGGGAGCAGCUACUGCGACGGCGACGGCGGCGGCGGCGGCGGCGGCGGCGGCCGACUUCUCCGGUGGUGCUACCUCUCAGAACCUCCUGGCCGUGAGCCGGAGUGCCUGGGACAAGGAGCGUGGUGCCGAUGAUGAUUUCGGGAAGACGGAGACGCAUGCCCAGCUGGGCAGACUGGUGCUCAAUGAUCACAAAGGCAACACACGAUACGUGUCCAACGGUUUCUGGGCAAGGCUCAACGAUGAGCUCACUGCCCUGCGGGAAGAUACGCGCCGAUUGUCCGACGAGGACUCGGAUGAGACGGAUUACGAGGAGUCACCCGCAGAGACACCCGAGAGACGAGAGGAUUCCGCCAAGGAUCAUCAUGGUUUCAUAUUGGGAUACCGAUCCGCCGACGUCAACCUUCGAGCCUUCCACCCGAUGCCCUCCCACGUUCCGUUUCUCUGGUCCGUCUACCAGGAGAACGUCGAGCCCAUCGUCAAGAUACUGCACGUCCCGACCGCCGACGCCAUCAUGCGCGACGCUCGAAAGUACCCCGACAAGCUCACACCGGGCCAGGAGGCUCUGGUGUUUGCCAUUUACUUCAGCGCCGUCGUCUCCCUUACCGCUGACGAGAUCAUGUCCAACUUCAACGUGAACAGAGACGACCUCCUACGACAACACCGCUUCGCCCUCGAGCAGUCCCUGGCAAAGGCCAACUACCUGCACACGUCCGACCUGGUGGUGCUGCAGGCCUUCACGCUGCUCCUCCUCACUGCCCGGAGAGUCGACCACAGCCGGUUCUGCUGGACGCUGACGAGUCUCGUGGUGCGCAUAGCGAAGGGCAUGGGCCUGCAUCGGGACGGCUCUCAGUUUGACCUGACGCCCUUCGAGACCGAGGUCCGCAGGCGCGUGUGGUGGGCCAUUGUCAUGCUGGAUCUCCGAUCGACCGAGGAGCUGGGGACCGAGCUGACCAUUGCCGAAGCGACCUUUGACACCGAGCAGCCCCUCAACAUCAACGACACCGACAUAUCGCCCUCGUCCAAAGAGUGGCCGCAGCCCAGGGAAGGCCGGUCCGACAUGUCGCUCGCCCUGGCACGGUACGAGAUCGCCACCUUCUCCCGAAAGUACCUGGCGCAGAUGGUGUGCAAGGGCGGGGUCGUGAACCGGCAGGAGAUGGAUCAGCUGCUGGGGGCUGUGUACCGAAAGGUCGAGACCAAGUUCUUCACCAACGUCGAGGAGACGGACUCGCAGAUGUACACGGCAGGCCUGAUCUGCCGAGUGAUUGCGGCGCGCAUGACGCUGCACCUGUACCAGAGCCGGGUGUUCCCCGGCGCCAGCACGGGCCUCCCCGAGGAGACGCGCAACCGCGUCUUCGCGGCCGCCAUCGAGGUGGUCGAGGUGAGCCGCACGCUCAUGACGGACCCCAAGUGCGAGCAGUUCCGCUGGCUCUUCAUGACGUACACGAGCUGGCACGCCAUCACCUUCAACCUGAUCGAGGUGUGCCGCCGGGCCUGGUCGCCCAUCGCCGAGCGCUCGUGGCAGGCCGUCGCCUCGUUCGAGCGCGACGCCGCCGACAUGGCCAAGGCGGGUCACCACAACGUCAUCUUCCUGCCGCUGCGGAAGCUGUACGUGCGCGCCCGCAAGCAUCGCGAGGCCGAGGUAGCCAGGCUGCGCAGCGACCCGGACCGCGUCCGCCGCCUGGACUACGAGUACCAGACCAACCAUGUAUUCAUGCGGCUCAACCCCAUCCCCGGACCGGAGAACCGUGCGGAAACCGCCCGGGAGAAGUGGUGGGCUCUCGUGCAGCCGGACAGGGAGAGGGCGGCCUGGGUGGGAAGUCCAGGCGCCAUGGUAGACAGCCCGGAACCCAGCGCCACCACCGGCAACAUCACCGGCUCCGACGCCCAGGCAACGACAGCACAGCCGCAGGCAAUGUCCAGCGAGGCAAUGCAGAUACUAGAGGACAUGCUAUCCCAACCCACGAACCCCGCCAUCACCACCCUCUACGGCCUCGACAUGCCCGCUACCCCCACCACCACCACCACCACCACCACCACCACCACCACCGCAGCCACGACGACCGCCGCCGCCGCCGCCGCCGCCGGUCCCAGCCCGCAGCGACAGCACCGCAAACACACAGAGGACAACUCCCUUCGGCAGCAGGCCCUGGCUCUGCAAGCCCAGGCUACCGCCGUCGACGACGACGACCUCCCACCCUUCAUGUGGUCUCACCCCUGGGGCGGGACGGAGAACGGUCCUUCUCCCUCUGGUGCCGGUGCCGGUGCCGGUGCCGGUGUCGGUGCCGAUGCCGAUGCCGGCGCUAUGGAUGUCACAUUGGACAGUCAGAAUGAGAAUGUGAAUGUGAAUGGGAAUAGGAACGGGAUUGGGAGCGGGAGCAGCAAUGCCGAUCAGGAUGUCAUGGAUAGCGGAUUUGAUUGGCAGGAUUGGAGUCAAACGUUGCAUUUCUACGAUAAUCUGGGGCAUCCUGGUGCGCCAUUUGGAUCUAGUUUCACGUGA